AUGCAUUCAUCUUUAAAGUUGUUUUACAGGGAAGAGCAAAGAGAAAAUAGAAAUGACCCAGAAGAGCCUCAAGUACUACAGCCUUCCAGCAGCCUUCCCAGUUCCACAGACCUCGCCCAGGGAAAACUAAUAAAAAUGCCACAUAUCGAGGCCCACAGUGAAUAUCCUAAACAUGGUCUGCAUGAAAAUAGCAAUCAUCAGAAUCAAAAUGCUGCAAAUGUCUCUCUCAUAAAUAGCCUGAAUGAUGUAAACUCUUUAAUGAGCAUACAGUUAAACAUAAAAGAUGAGAACGCAUCAUAUUUGGAAAAAUUGAAAAUUAAAAAUACUGAAGACCCUGGAGAGUUAGCUAAUAACAAAGAAGGUACAUUACCAUCUCGUUCUACACAAGCUGAUGCUAGAGAGGUGCAAACUGAAUUAGCUGUGAAAGGUCAACCCUCAUUCCCAAACCAGGCUUCUCGGCCAAAGACUUUAAGAUUCGUAAAGCCCCCAAAUGCUUUAGUGCCUCCUACAAUGGCCGUUCUCGCACGAUCUGCAAAUCAUUCCGCUGCUUCCAAGGAACGUGAGCUUCCACCAUCAAGUAGUUCGACGCAACUACAGCCGACAUCUGGUCAGGAUAACCUAAAGGGUAAACAGAGUCAGAAAGUGUCUAAACUUCGCCCACCAACUGUGUCCUUUGUUAAAUCUAAGCAAAUGAGCAGUCAAAAAUCCACACCAGUACCUGUAGAACCUCAGAACACCUGUUUGAAGACUAACAUCCCGAAGCCACUGGUACAGAGAAAGGAAAACAUGCAAGCACAGAAUGCUGGUUUGCAUUCUGGGGAUAGUCUGCCCUCUAAUCGGCUUUCCCGCCUCCCUAAACCAAAGACACAUUGA